AUGAAAUCACUUCUCAAGAACGGUUUCUCAAAGCACUCUCGUCUGCAUCAUCAAGGUGCCAUGACAUUGAUCAUUCGGAACACCUUUCAACCAUUCUCCACGAGUGCCACACUCUCCUACGGAUCGUUCAAAGAAGUCGAGUUUACCUCGGUGCGAGAUUUACUCGAGAAGGCCAAUGACAUUCAAAUUGUCGAUGUAAGAACUCAACAAGAAUUUGAACAUGCUGAACACAAAUUCAGAAAGGGUUUCAAUUUACCAGUUCAAACUCUGGAAGCAAACAUGAAUUUGUUGGAUAAAACAAAACCAACCUAUGUCGUUUGUCAAUCAGGAAUUCGAGCAAAAAGAGCGAGUGAAUUGUUGAGUAAUAGUGGCUUUUCGGAUGUGAUUUGCAUUAAGGGAGGAUUCAAUGAUAUCAAGAAUACAUGUAAACCUCAAGAUGAUCCUAUUGUGCAAGUGAAACCUGCUGGUGCUGCAUCUUCAUCGGUGUGGUCUAUGGAACGACAAGUUCGAUUCACUGCUGGUGCAUUUGUCUUUGCAGGUGUGGCUGGAUUUGCUGUCACUGGAAAUCCAUGGUUUUUAAGUUUGCCAGGAUUUGUUGGAUGUGGAUUAAUGUAUUCUGCCUACACGAAUACUUGUGCCAUGGGUGUUGCAUUAAUGAAGAUGCCAUGGAAUAGGCUCAAUCCUCAAGCCACUUGUGCCACCAUCAAGAAGUAA